AUUUUGUUGUUUGAAAUACAGCAAUUUUCCGCCAAUUUUCUCACGAGAACCCUAAAAUUUUCCUAAACGCCCUAAUCUUCUUAGUUUCAGUUCACCGGAAGAAUGGAAGAAACGCCGGUAGAAGAAGGAGAUACUAACAAAGAUGUUGAGAUUGCUCCGGCCUUAAUUGCAGUUCAUCCAGCCGAGAAAUCUGUUGCCGUCGCCGUUGGGUCCGACCUACGUGUAUUCGACCUCGUAGGUAAUUGUCCGGUUUCUUUGAUUGAUGAAUCUGGGGGAUCAUAUCAUAAAGACUCCAUUAGAACGAUUUGUUACGGUUCGAAUGGGCAGCUCUUUGUAUCUGCUGGUGAUGAUAAGACUGUUAAGAUUUGGUCGACUGAGUCUUGGCGCUGUAUUUAUAAUGUGGGUUCUGAAAAACGAGUGAGUGCAGCUGCCAUUAGCCCUAAUGGUAUGCAUGUUUGUUUUGCUGACAAGUUUGGGGUUAUCUGGGUUGUGGAUCUUGAUGGAGGGGUUGACGGAAAUCAACCUCUGGUCAACAAGAAGGCAGUGUCAUUGCUUUCACAUUAUUGCAGUAUAAUCACUAGCUUAGAAUUCUCAUUGGAUGGGCGGUUCUUAGUUAGUGCAGACCGUGAUUUUAAAAUUCGGGUUACCACGUUCCCCACAAAACCUGUGAAUGAAGCUCAUGAGAUUCAAAGUUUUUGUCUUGGCCAUACGGAUUUCGUAUCCUGCAUAGCCUUCAUUUCGAAGCUGGAAUGCCCACAUGGAUUUCUCAUCUCUGGAAGCGGCGAUUCAACUGUACGUUUAUGGGAUAUUCUAUCUGGAUCACUCCUUGCCACUUGCGAGGUUGGAGAUAAGGUAGAACUCCUUGAGUCUAAAGAAAGAGAGGGCUGCCAUUCAGCUGUCACAAGUAUCUGCACGAUUACCGAUGGUGCCCUUGUUGCAGUGGCGAUUCAAAGCUUGCAUGGAAUAAUUUUGCUGAACUGUGACCUGUCAAAUCAUACUCUAUCUGUAGUCAAGGUGGUUUCUACAAGUGAGGAGACAUUCAUCCCAACUAGCCUAUCAUCCAGUUUCUCGACUCGAUACCUAUGGAUGGUAACCGGUGUCUCCGGUUUGCACAAUUUGGGGCACGCUUCUCUGGCCCGUGUCAAGGUCAUCAGUGGUUUCAACAAGGACAAUCCGAAUUUCACUGAGAACGAGUUAUCCAUACUGGAAGAUGAUGCAAUACCCGGGGGAGAGAAGCUGCUUGAAAAAUUGCAGGGAGGAGUGACAUUCGACGAAAAAGUGUUCUUGGCAGCUGCCGAAGCUGUUAAAACUGCAAUGAGCAAUCUGUUGACUAAGAAACAGUACUCGACAGAGAAGCGGGACUUCCGAAAGAGAACAAGAAAUGAUAGGAAGCUUAAACAAGGAUGAGUAUCACAUCAGCAGCAACAGUAGCCCGUUUCAUGAGGUGCACAUGAAGCUCAGCAGCAGCCGGAGGGACACCAAUUUGAAGGGUGGCAGGUAUGUAAUAAUUAGCUUAAAUUUAUGUAAUAAUUUAGAGCAAUUGUCUUGGAAUUUAGUGGGAUUGAAAUCCAUCAGCAUCAAAUGUCAAUAAUUGAGGGAAUAUUAAAGUAGAAGGGUGGUGGGUGCAGUUGAAAGAGAAGAGGACAAGCAAGCAAUCUUCAUCCUGUAUUUGUUUAUUUAUUCAUACCAUACCUUCUAGUGAGUCAUAAGCAAGCACGUCGUUUGCUUCAUCACAUGAAACUAAACUACUCUCCACAAUUACGUAGUCUUGUUAAAUUCUGCUGCUCCCCCACAUUACUGAUGGUUU